AUGCAGAACCCUGAGGGCCGGCUGAGGGGAGAGGGGCCCCUGGAGGGUGUGAUGGAGGAGAGUGGAGAGAAUGCCCAGGAGACUCCUGGUGAUCUCCACAAGAUCCAGGAGGUCCAUGGGGAGAGAGGCUUUAGCACACAGGGGGGUUGUCAGAAGCUGCUGGUGGAUCCUCCUGUCAGUGUAGGGGAGCUGGAGCAGGGGCUGGGCUGGGAGGGGAGUGGCUUCAUCACCAGCAAGGAUCUUCCUUCAGGGCUGAGGGAGUUCCUGGCAGGCCAGCCCAGUGCCAGUGUAAAGGAGGAGGAGAGGGUCACCCCAGCACCAAUGCUCUGCCAGCCCCAGAGCACCAAGGAUAAAGAUUCCACCGUGACAGACAGAAAGAGAAAGCUAGGCUCCAGCCGCAGGGGCCCCAAAAGAUUGCAGAACCUCGGGGGCCGGCAGGGAGGGCGACGGGAGGGCCAGGAGACCACCAACGCACUCCGCAAGAUCCAGGAGCUCUUCCAGGGCAGUGACAGAGAAGGGACGGGAAUCAUCACCCGCGCAGAGAUGCAGGAGGUGUGUGGGGAUCUGCCUCUCACCUUGGAGGAGCUGGACCAGGUGUUUGACCGGCUGGACAGAGAGGGCAGUGGCUACAUCACCAGCGAGGAUCUCUCUGCAGCGCUGAGAGAGUUCCUGGCGGCCCAGUGCAGAGCCAGUCAGAGGGAGGAGGAAGAGAGUGUGUCUCCGCCCCCCCUGUUCUACCAAUCCCAGGGCAUUGUGUUACCAGAGGAAAUCCACGACGAGGAGAAACAGCACUUCCUGGCCCUGAUGGACAAGCUGGGGGCCAGCAACCUGCUAGAGGAGUACGAGUCCAGCCAGUCGGAGAUCUGGAAGCUGUGGGCGGAGCUGCGGCAGAAUGAACCUCAUCUCCUGGGAAACCUGGAGGAGUUUGUGGCCAAGGUGACUUCUCAGAUCCGCGAGGCCAGGGAGGAGAAAGAGGGCCUGGAGCUCACUCUGCAGAGGAGGAUUGUGGAGCACAACCUGGAGGUGCGGCAGCUGUAUGAGGAGAUGGAGCAGCAGAUCAGCCGGGAGAAAGAACGACUGCACAGAGAGAGCUUUAAGAAAUCCCGCUCCCAGGGCAAGGAGCUGAAGAAGGAGCUGGACAGGAAGACUGAUGAAGUGCAGCAUCUGGUUGAGGUUCAGAAUGAGCUGGAGGAGAGCGUCUACACGCUGCGCAUCCGACAGCACGCAACCUGCUCCGAGAACGAGACGCUGCGCAGGACCAACCGUGAGCUGGAGGGGCAGCUAGAGGGCAUCCGCGAGCAGCUGCAGGAGGCGCGCGCACGGCUGCAGGACAUGCGCAGCUCCGAGGCGCACAGACAGCAGCAGCAGCAGCAGCAGCAAGCACAGGGGGAGAGGAGACAAGACACAGAACACACUUCUGGAGAGCCUGAGCGCUCGUCUGGCACAGAGGUCACUAAGACAGAAGCAGCUGCAACGGAACAGAAGAAAACAGAAAAUUCUCAGCCAGCAGAACUUAUUAGAGCCGGAUCAGUGCUGGGCAGCUACAUCCAGGAUGACUUCUCUGCAGGUGCGCCACCUAAAGAUGAAGAGCCCACUAAUACAAAUGCCAUGACCCGCCGGAGAGUGAUUUCAAUAGAGGAGGACCCACUUCCUGACCUGAUAACACCAACGUGCAGCAAGCUGGGACAGGAACGAAGCUGGGAGCAAGAGGGAACGAAAAUACUGAGUAAGGAAGAGGGAGCUGGAGGAAAGAAGCAGGAGGGGGAACUAGAUGCAGAGAGAGAAAAUGGACAGGAAGGCUGGAAAGAAGAUGAAAAGAAAGAUGAGGACUGGGAAAGGGAGUUAGGAAGGGAUGAGUUAACACGAGAGGAACAGGAAGCAGGGAUGUGUGUUGAACAGAUAGAACAAGGUCGGGAGGUAGAAAAUGAGGAAGUCGAGGAUGCAAAACAGGAAGCUGAGGUACAAAGGGAGGAUAGGAAACUAAACCAACAGAAAGAAGAAAUAGUAAGCGAGGAAGUCACAGUACAAGAACAGGAAAGGGAUGUGCUUAGGGAAGAGAAUGAGCUAAAGAAACAGGAAGGAGAAAUACUAAGGGAGGAGAUCACAGAAAGAGAAGAGGAAAGGGAGGUACUGAGGGAAGAGGAGAGGGAGGAAAGGAAACAGGAAGAGGAAGUACCGAGUGAGGAAGUCACUCUUCAGUUAAAGGAGGUAUUGCAUGAGGAAGUUAAACCAAUUGAACAGGAGGGGAUGGUCUUAAGAGAGGAAGUCAGUGAAACAAAAGAGGAAGGAAAGCCCCUAACAAAAGAAAUGAAAGAACCAGAGCAUGGACACGAGGGAGUCAGUGAAAAGCAACAUGGAGGGGAGGAACUAAGGGAGGAGGUCAAUGAAAAUCAACAGGAAGAGGAAAUAAGCGAAGUGGUACAACAAGGGGCACGAGCAGCAAUACUAAGUAAAAGUGAGGAAUUAAGUGAGAGGGAACAGGGAGGAGAGGUUCUGAGUGAGGUAGGGGAAAUCAAAUCGAAACUCCUGAUUAAGGAAGACAGGAAUGUGGAGGAGCAAACAGAGAACGAAGAACAAGCAGAACCAGAAGGACAAGAAAGACAAACAGAGCAGGAACAGGAGCAGGGAGAACUCAAAAUAGAAGAGGAAAUACAAAUUGAAGAAGUCAAUGAAAAUACAAAAGAAGGGGAGGAACUAAGAGGGGUAGAGGAACUAAGCAAAGAGGAAGAGCGAGUCAAGGAAAAUGAACAGACUGAAGAACUAGGAGAUGAAGGGCAAAAAAAACAGGGAGGCAGUGUAUCAGGGGAAGAAGAGGAAAAUGAAUUGGUGUCUCACAAAGAGGAACCCAUAGAAAUGAUAGAGGGCUGGGAAGAAGUAAGAGAGCAAGAAAGACAAAGGGAGCAGGGAGGGGAGGUGCACUCAGAGGAACAUGAGAAUGAGGAGCAAGGAGAGGAAGAGGAAAGGAGAUUGAGUGAAGAGGAAGAACAACCCAGGGGAAAAGAACAGGGUGAAGAAGGGCAAAUAGAUCACGAGUUUGGGAUACCCAGUGAAGGGGAGAAGAUAGCAAGGGGAGACGGCAUGGAAAUAGUGGACAGAGAAAAUGAAAACCAAGAAAAAGAACAUGAUGUAGCAGUACAGGUAGGAGAGGUAGUUAGGGAAGUUAAGGAAAUCCAACUGACCGAGGAACAAAAUAGUGAAAAACUAGGAAUAGAACAAGAAGGUUGGAUAUCAAGGGAGGAAGAACUGGGAGUGAUGUCUAAGGAAGAGGAACCCAUAGAACAGGAACAGGGUUGGGAAUAUCUAGAGGAGAAAGAGAGACCAACAGAACAGGAAGGGGAGGUACUGAGGGAGGAGGAGGGGGAGCUAAAGAAACAGGAAGGGGAAAUACUAAUGGAGGAAAUCACAGAAAGAAAAGAGGAAAGGGAGGUACUGAUGGAGGAGGAAGGGGAAAUACCAAGGGAGGAAGUCACUCUUCAGUUAAAGGAGGUAUUGAAUGAGGAAGUUAAACCAACUGAACAGGAAGGGGUGGUCUUAAGGGAGGGAGUUAGUGAAUCAACACUGGAAAGGGAGGUGCUAAGGGAGGAAGUCACAAUAAGAGAGGAGGAAAAGGAACUACUAAGGGAGGAUAAAGCAGAAAAGAACCAGUUAGAGGACAUAAUAACUGAGAAAGUAAAACCAAUUGAACUGGGAGGAUUGGUCUUAAGAGAGGAAGUCUGUGAAACAACACAGGAAGGAAAGCCCCUAACAAAAGAAAUGAAAGAACCAGAGCAUGGACACGAGGGAGUCAGUGAAAAGCAACAUGGAGGGGAGGAAGUAAGGGAGGAGAUCAAUGAAAAUCAACAGGAAGAGGAAAGAAGCGAAGUGGUAGAACGAGGGGCACAGGCAGCGGAAAUACCAAGUAAAAGUGAGGAAUUAAGUGAGAGGGAACAGGGAGGGGAGGUUCUGAGUGAGGUAGGCGACAUCAAAUUGAAAAUCCUGAUCGAGGAAGACAGUAAUUGGGAAGAGCAAACAGAGAACAAGAAACAAGCAGAACCAGAAGGUGAAAUAUUAGGGUCAGAAGUCAAAGAAUGCAAAGAGGAAGAGGAAGAGGUAUUAUAUGAGGAAUUACAACAAAAGGUACACAUAUUGAGAGAGGACGCCAAAGAAACAAAACAUGAACAAGAAGGACUAAGAGAUCAAGGAAAACAAACAGAGCAGGAACAGGAGCAGGGAGAACUCAAACAAGAAGCGGAAAUAGAAAUAGAGGGAGUCAAUGAAAAUACAAAAGAAGGGGAGGAACCAAGAGGGGUAGAGGAACUAAGCAAACAGGAAGAACGAGCCAGGGAAAAGAAACAGAAUGAAGAACUAGGAGAUGAAGGGCAAAAAGAACAGGGAAGCAGUGUAUCAGAGGAGGAAGAGAAAAAUGAACUGGUGUCUCAGAAAGAGGAACCCAUAGAAAUGAUAGAGGGCUGGGAAGAAGUAAGAGAGCAAGAAAGACAAAGGGAGCAGGGAGGGGAGGUGCACUCAGAGGAACUGGAGAAUGAGGAGCAAGGAGAGGAAGAGGGAAGGAGAUUGAGUGGAGAGGAAGUGGAAGAAGAAUCCAGGGGAAAAGAACAGGGUGGAGAAGAAGGGCAAAUAGAUCAGGAGUUUGGGAUACCCAGUGAAUGGGAGAAGAUAGCAAGGAGAGAAGACAUGGAAAUAGUGGAUAGAGGAGAUGAAAACCCAGAAAAAGAACAGGAACUAGCAGUACAGGAAGGAGAGGUAGUGAGGGAAGUGAAGGAAACCCAGCUAAGCGAGGAAACAGAGAGACCAAAAGUAAAAGAACAAAAUGGUGAAAAACUAGGAAUAGAACAAGAAGGUUGGAUAUCAAAGGAGGAUGAAGUGGGAGUGAUGUCUAAGGAGGAGGAACCCAUAGAACAGGAACAGGGCUGGGAACAUCUAGAGGAGGAGAGACCAACAGAACAUGAAGGGGAAGUACUGAGUGAGGAGGAUGAGCUGAAGAAACAGGAAAGAAAAAUACUAAUGGAGGAAAUCACAGAAAGAGAAGAGGAAAGGGAGGUACUGAUAGAGGAGGAAGGGGAAAUACCAAGGGUGGAAGUCACUCUUCAGUUAAAGGAGGUAUUGCAUGAGGAAGUUAAAAUAAUUGAACAGGAGGGGGUGGUCUUAAGAGAGGAAGUCAGUGAAACAAAAGAGGAAGGAAAGCCCCUAACAAAAGAAAUUAAAGAACCAGAGCAUGGACACGAGGGAGUCAGUGAAAAGCAACAUGGAGGGGAGGAACUAAGGGAGGAGGUCAAUGAAAAUCAACAGGAAGAGGAAAGAAGUGAAGUGGUAGAACGAGGGGCACAGGCAGCGGAAAUACCAAGUAAAAGUGAGGAAUUAAGUGAGAGGGAACAGGGAGGGGAGGUUCUGAGUGAGGUAGGGGAAAUCAAAUCAAAACUCCUGAUCAAGGAAGACAGGAAUGGCGAGGAGCAAACAGAGAACGAGGGACAAGCAGAAGCAGAAGGACAAGAAAGACAAACAGAGCAGGAACAGGAACAGGGAGAACUCAAAAUAGAAGAGGAAAUACAAAUUGAGGAAGUCAAUGAAAAUACAAAAGAAGGGGAAGAACUAAGAGGGGUAGAGGAACUAAGCAAACAGGAAGAACGAGCCAGGGAAAAGGAACAGAAUGAAGAACUAGGAGAUGAAGGGCAAAAAGAACAGGGAAGCAGUGUAUCAGAGGAGGAAGAGAAAAACGAACUGGUGUCUCAGAAAGAGGAACCCAUAGAAAUGAUAGAGGGCAGGGAAGAAGUAAGAGAGCAAGAAAGACAAAGGGAGCAGGGAGGGGAGGUGCACUCAGAGGAACUGGAGAAUGAGGAGCAAGGAGAGGAAGAGGACAGGAGAUUGAGUGAAGAUGAAGAGGAGCAAGAAUCCAGGGGAAAAGAACAGGGUGGAGAAGAAUGGCAAAUAGAUCAGGAGUUUGGGAUACCCAGUGAAUGGGAGAAGAUAGCAAGGGGAGAAGACAUGGAAAUAGUGGAUAGAGAAGAUGUAAACCCAGAAAAAGAACAGGAACCAGCAGUACAGGAAGGAGAGGUAGUGAGGGAAGUGAAGGAAACCCAGCUAAGCGAGGAAACAGAGAGACCAAGAGUAAAAGAACACAAUGGUGAAAAACUAGGAAUAGAACAAGAAGGUUGGAUAUCAAGGGAAGAAGUGGGAGUGAUGUCUAAAGAAGAGGAACCCAUAGAACAGGAACAGGGCUGGGAACAUCUAGAGGAGGAGAGACCAACAGAACAUGAAGGGGAGGUACUGAGUGAGGAGGAUGAGCUGAAGAAACAGGAAAGAGAAAUACUAAUGGAGGAAAUCACAGAAAGAGAAGAGGAAAGGGAGGUGCUGAUGGAGGAGGAAGGGGAGGAAAAUAAACAGGAAGUGGAAAUACUAAUGGAGGAAAUUACAGAAAGAGAAGAGGAAAGUGAGGUACUGAUGGAGGAGGAAGGGGAAAUACCAAGGGAGGAAGUCACUCUUCAGUUAAAGGAGGUAUUGCAUGAGGAAGUUAAACCAAUUGAACAGGAAGGGAUAGUCUUAAGAGAGGAAAUCAGUGAAACAAAACAGGAAGGAAAGCGCCUAACAAAAGAAAUUAAAGAACCAGAGCGUGGACACGAGGGAGUCAGUGAAAAGCAACAUGAAAGGGAGGAACUAAGGGAGGAGGUCAAUGAAAAUCAACAGGAAGAGGAAAGAAGUGAAGUGGUAGAACGAGGGGCACAGGCAGCGGAAAUACUAAGUAAAAGUGAGGAAUUAAGUGAAAGGAAACAGGGAGCGGAUGUUCUGAGUGAGGUAGGCAACAUCAAAUUGAAAUUCCUGAUCGAGGAAGAAAGUAAUUGGGAGGAGCAAACAGAGAACAAGAAACAAGCAGAACCAGAAGGUGAAAUAUUAGGGUCAGAAGUCAAAGAAUGCAAAGAGGAAGAGGAAGAGGUAUUAUAUGAGGAAUUACAACAAAAGGUACACAUAUUGAGAGAGGAAGCCAAAGAAACAAAACAUGAACAAGAAGGACUAAGAGAUCAAGGAAAACAAACAGAGCAGGAACAGGAGCAGGGAGAACUCAAACAAGAAGCGGAAAUAGAAAUAGAGGGAGUCAAUGAAAAUACAAAAGAAGGGGAGGAACCAAGAGGGGUAGAGGAACUAAGCAAAGAGGAAGAACGAGCCAAGGAAAAGGAACAGACUGAAGAACUAGGAGAUGAAGGGCAAAAAGAACAGGGAGGCAGCGUAUCAGGGGAGGAAGAGGAAAAUGAAUUGGUGUCUCAGAAAGAGGAACCCAUAGAAAUAAUAGAGGGCUGGGAAGAAGUAAGAGAGCAAGAAAGACAAAGGGAGCAGGGAGGGGAGGUGCACUCAGAGGAACUGGAGAAUGAGGAGCAAGGAGAGGAAGAGGAAAGGAGAUUGAGUGAAGAUGAAGAGGAGCAAGAAUCCAGGGGAAAAGAACAGGGUGGAGAAGAAGGGCAAAUAGAUCAGGAGUUUGGGAUACCCAGUGAAGGGGAGAAGAUAGCAAGGGGAGAAGACAUGGAAAUAGUGGAUAGAGAAGAUGAAAACCCAGAAAAAGAACAUGAUACAGCAGUACAGGAAGGAGAGGUAGUGAGGGAAGUGAAGGAAACCCAGCUAAGCGAGGAAACAGAGAGACCAAGAGUAAAAGAACACAAUGGUGAAAAACUAGGAAUAGAACAAGAAGGUUGGAUAUCAAGGGAAGAAGUGGGAGUGAUGUCUAAAGAAGAGGAACCCAUAGAACAGGAACAGGGCUGGGAACAUCUAGAGGAGGAGAGACCAACAGAACAUGAAGGGGAGGUACUGAGGGAGGAGGAUGAGCUGAAGAAACAGGAAAGAGAAAUACUAAUGGAGGAAAUCACAGAAAGAGAAGAGGAAAGGGAGGUGCUGAUGGAGGAGGAAGGGGAAAUACCAAGUGUGGAAGUCACUCUUCAGUUAAAGGAGGUAUUGCAUGAGGAAGUUAAAACAAUUGAACAGGAAGGGAUAGUCUUAAGAGAGGAAGUCAGUGAAACAAAAGAGGAAGGAAAGCCCCUAACAAAAGAAAUGAAAGAACCAGAGCAUGGACACGAGGGAGUCAGUGAAAAGCAACAUGGAGGGGAGGAAGUAAGGGAGGAGACCAAUGAAAAUCAACAGGAAGAGGAAAUAAGCGAAGUGGUACAACAAGGGGCACGAGCAGCGGAAAUGCCAAGUAAAAGUGAGGAAUUAAGUGAGAGGGAACAGGGAGGAGAGGUUCUGAGUGAGGUAGGGGAAAUCAAAUCGAAACUCCUGAUUAAGGAAGACAGGAAUGUGGAGGAGCAAACAGAGAACGAGGAACAAGCAGAACCAGAAGGACAAGAAAGACAAACAGAGCAGGAACAGGAGCAGGGAGAACUCAAAAUAGAAGAGGAAAUACAAAUUGAAGAAGUCAAUGAAAAUACAAAAGAAGGGGAGGAACUAAGAGGGGUAGAGGAACUAAGCAAAGAGGAAGAGCGAGUCAAGGAAAAUAAACAGACUGAAGAACUAGGAGAUGAAGGGCAAAAAGAACAGGGAGGCAGUGUAUCAGGGGAGGAAGAGGAAAAUGAAUUGGUGUUUCAGAAAGAGGAACCCAUAGAAAUGAUAGAGGACUGGGAAGAAGUAAGAGAGCAAGAAAGACAAAGGGAGCAGGGAGAGGAGGUGCACUCAGAGGAACAUGAGAAUGAGGAGCAAGGAGAGGAAGAGGAAAGGAGAUUGAGUGAAGAGGAAGAACAACCCAGGGGAAAAGAACAAGAUGGAGAAGGGCAAAUAGAUCAGGAGUUUGGGAUACCCAGUGAAGGUGAGAAGAUAGCAAGGGGAGACGGCAUGGAAAUAGUGGACAGAGAAAAUGAAAACCAAGAAAAAGAACAUGAUGCAGCAGUACAGGAAGGAGAGGUAGUUAGGGAAGUUAAGGAAAUCCAACUGACCGAGGAACAAAAUGGUGAAAAACUAGGAAUAGAACAAGAAGGUUGGAUAUCAAGGGAGGAAGAACUGGGAGUGAUGUCUAAGGAAGAGGAACCCAUAGAACGGGAACAGGGUUGGGAAUAUCUAGAGGAGAAAGAGAGACCAACAGAACAGGAAGGGGAGGUACUGAGGGAGGAGGAGGGGGAGCUAAAGAAACAGGAAGGGGAAAUACUAAUGGAGGAAAUCACAGAAAGAAAAGCGGAAAAGGAGGUACUGAUGGAGGAGGAAGGGGAGGAAAAUAAACAGGAAGGGGAAAUACUAAUGGAGGAAAUCACAGAAAGAGAAGAGGAAAGGGAGGUACUGAUGGAGGACGAAGGGGAAAUACCAAGGGUGGAAGUCACUCUUCAGUUAAAGGAUGUAUUGCAUGAGGAAGUUAAAAUAAUUGAACAGGAGGGGGUGGUCUUAAGAGAGGAAGUCAGUGAAACAAAACAGGAAGGAAAGCCCCUAACAAAAGAAAUUAAAGAACCAGAGCAUGGACACGAGGGAGUCAGUGAAAAGCAACAUGGAGGGGAGGAACUAAGGGAGGAGGUCAAUGAAAAUCAACAGGAAGAGGAAAGAAGUGAAGUGGUAGAACGAGGGGCACAGGCAGCUGAAAUGCCAAGUAAAAGUGAGGAAUUAAGUGAGAGGGAACAGGGAGGGGAGGUUCUGAGUGAGGUAGGGGAAAUCAAAUCAAAACUCCUGAUCAAGGAAGACAGGAAUGUGGAGGAGCAAACAGAGAACGAGGGACAAGCAGAACCAGAAGGACAAGGAAGACAAACAGAGCAGGAACAGGAGCAGGAAGAAUUCAAAAUAGAAGACGAAAUACAAAUUGAGGAAGUCAAUGAAAAUACAAAAGAAGGGGAAGAACUAAGAGGGGUAGAGGAACUAAGCAAAGAGGAAGCGCGAGCCAAGGAAAAGGAACAGACUGAAGAACUAGGAGAUGAAGGGCAAAAAGAACAGGGAGGCAGUGUAUCAGGGGAGGAAGAGGAAAUCAAACCAGAGGCAGACGAAAAUGAAUUGGUGUCUCAGAAAGAGGAACCCGCAGAAAUGGAUGAGGUAUGGGAAGAACUAGGAGAGCAAGAAAGACAAAGGGAGCAGGGAGGGGAGGUGCACUCAGAGGAAGAGAAGAAUGAGGAGCAAGGAGAGGAAGAGGACAGGAGAUUGAGUGAAGAGGAAGAACAACCCAGGGGAAAAGAACAGGGUGAAGAAGGGCAAAUAGAUUUUGGAAUACCCAGUGAAGGUGAGAAGAUAGCAAGGGGAGACGGCAUGGAAAUAGUGGACAGAGAAGAUGAAAACACAGAAAAAGAACAGGAUGCAGAAGUACAGGAAGGAGAAGUAGUAAGGGAAUUGAAGGAAAUCCAACUGAGUGAGGAAACAGAGAGACCAAGAGUAAAAGAACACAAUGGUGAAAAACUAGGAAUAGAACAAGAAGGUUGGAUAUCAAGGGAAGAAGUGGGAGUGAUGUCUAAAGAAGAGGAACCCAUAGAACAGGAAAAGGGUUGGGAAUAUCUAGAGGAGAAGGAGAGCCCAACAGAAAAGGAAGGGGAGGUACUGAGGGAGGAGGAGGGGCAGCUAAAGAAACUGGAAGGGGAAAUACUAAUGGAGGAAAUCACAGAAAGAGAACAGGAAAGGGAGGUACUGAUGGAGGAGGAGGGUGAGGAAAAUAAACAGGAAGGGGAAAUACUAAUGGAGGAAAUCACAGAAACAGAAGAGGAGAGGGAGGUACUGAUGGAGGAGGGGGAUAAAAGGAAACAGAAAGUGGAAGUACCAAGGGAGGAAGUCACUCUUCAGUUAAAGGAGGUAUUGCAUGAGGAAAUCAAAACAAUUGAACAGGAAGGGAUGGUCUUAAGAGAGGAAGUCAGUGAAACAAAACAGGAAGGAAAGCCCCUAACAAAGGAAAUUAAAGAACCAGAGCAUGGACACGAGGGAGUCAGUGAAAAGCAACAUGGAGGGGAGGAACUAAGGGAGGAGGUCAAUGAAAAUCAACAGGAAGAGGAAAGAAGUGAAGUGGUAGAACGAGGGGCACAGGCAGCUGAAAUGCCAAGUAAAAGUGAGGAAUUAAGUGAGAGGGAACAGGGAGGGGAGGUUCUGAGUGAGGUAGGGGAAAUCAAAUCAAAACUCCUGAUCAAGGAAGACAGGAAUGGUGAGGAGCAAACAGAGAACGAGGGACAAGCAGAACCAGAAGGACAAGGAAGACAAACAGAGCAGGAACAGGAGCAGGAAGAAUUCAAAAUAGAAGACGAAAUACAAAUUGAGGAAGUCAAUGAAAAUACAAAAGAAGGGGAAGAACUAAGAGGGGUAGAGGAACUAAGCAAAGAGGAAGCGCGAGCCAAGGAAAAGGAACAGACUGAAGAACUAGGAGAUGAAGGGCAAAAAGAACAGGGAGGCAGUGUAUCAGGGGAGGAAGAGGAAAUCAAACCAGAGGCAGACGAAAAUGAAUUGGUGUCUCAGAAAGAGGAACCCGCAGAAAUGGAUGAGGUAUGGGAAGAACUAGGAGAGCAAGAAAGACAAAGGGAGCAGGGAGGGGAGGUGCACGCAGAGGAAGAGAAGAAUGAGGAGCAAGGAGAGGAAGAGGACAGGAGAUUGAGUGAAGAGGAAGAACAACCCAGGGGAAAAGAACAGGGUGAAGAAGGGCAAAUAGAUUUUGGAAUACCCAGUGAAGGUGAGAAGAUAGCAAGGGGAGACGGCAUGGAAAUAGUGGACAGAGAAGAUGAAAACACAGAAAAAGAACAGGAUGCAGAAGUACAGGAAGGAGAAGUAGUAAGGGAAUUGAAGGAAAUCCAACUGAGUGAGGAAACAGAGAGACCAAGAGUAAAAGAACACAAUGGUGAAAAACUAGGAAUAGAACAAGAAGGUUGGAUAUCAAGGGAAGAAGUGGGAGUGAUGUCUAAAGAAGAGGAACCCAUAGAACAGGAAAAGGGUUGGGAAUAUCUAGAGGAGAAGGAGAGCCCAACAGAAAAGGAAGGGGAGGCACUGAGGGAGGAGGAGGGGCAGCUAAAGAAACUGGAAGGGGAAAUACUAAUGGAGGAAAUCACAGAAAGAGAACAGGAAAGGGAGGUACUGAUGGAGGAGGAGGGUGAGGAAAAUAAACAGGAAGGGGAAAUACUAAUGGAGGAAAUCACAGAAACAGAAGAGGAGAGGGAGGUACUGAUGGAGGAGGGGGAUAAAAGGAAACAGAAAGAGGAAGUACCAAGGGAGGAAGUCACUCUUCAGUUAAAGGAGGUAUUGCAUGAGGAAAUCAAAACAAUUGAACAGGAAGGGAUGGUCUUAAGAGAGGAAGUCAGUGAAACAAAACAGGAAGGAAAGCCCCUAACAAAGGAAAUUAAAGAACCAGAGCAUGGACACGAGGGAGUCAGUGAAAAGCAACAUGGAGGGGAGGAACUAAGGGAGGAGGUCAAUGAAAAUCAACAGGAAGAGGAAAUAAGCGAAGUGGUAGAACGAGGGGCACAGGCAGCGGAAAUACCAAGUAAAAGUGAGGAAUUAAGUGAGAGGGAACAGGGAGCGGAGGUUCUGAGUGAGGUAGGGGAAAUCAAAUCGAAACUCCUGAUCAAGGAAGACAGGAAUGGCGAGGAGCAAACAGAGAACGAGGGACAAGCAGAAGCAGAAGGACAAGAAAGACAAACAGAGCAGGAACAGGAGCAGGGAGAACUCAAAAUAGAAGAGGAAAUACAAAUUGAAGAAGUCAAUGAAAAUACAAAAGAAGGGGAGGAACCAAGAGGGGUAGAGGAACUAAGCAAACAGGAAGAACGAGCCAGGGAAAAGGAACAGACUGAAGAACUAGGAGAUGAAGGGCAAAAAGAACAGGGAAGCAGUGUAUCAGAGGAGGAAGAGAAAAAUGAACUGGUGUCUCAGAAAGAGGAACCCAUAGAAAUGAUAGAGGGCUGGGAAGAAGUAAGAGAGCAAGAAAGACAAAGGGAGCAGGGAGGGGAGGUGCACUCAGAGGAACUGGAGAAUGAGGAGCAAGGAGAGGAAGAGGAAAGGAGAUUGAGUGAAGAUGAAGAGGAGCAAGAAUCCAGGGGAAAAGAACAGGGUGGAGAAGAAUGGCAAAUAGAUCAGGAGUUUGGGAUACCCAGUGAAGGGGAGAAGAUAGCAAGGGGAGAAGACAUGGAAAUAGUGGAUAGAGAAGAUGUAAACCCAGAAAAAGAACAGGAACCAGCAGUACAGGAAGGAGAGGUAGUGAGGGAAGUGAAGGAAACCCAGCUAAGCGAGGAAACAGAGAGACCAAAAGUAAAAGAACAAAAUGGUGAAAAACUAGGAAUAGAACAAGAAGGUUGGAUAUCAAAGGAGGAUGAAGUGGGAGUGAUGUCUAAGGAGGAGGAACCCAUAGAACAGGAACAGGGCUGGGAACAUCUAGAGGAGGAGAGACCAACAGAACAUGAAGGGGAGGUACUGAGGGAGGAGGAUGAGCUGAAGAAACAGGAAAGAGAAAUACUAAUGGAGGAAAUCACAGAAAGAGAAGAGGAAAGGGAGGUACUGAUGGAGGAGGAAGGGGAAAUACCAAGGGAGGAAGUCACUCUUCAGUUAAAGGAGGUAUUUCAUGAGGAAGUUAAAACAAUUGAACAGGAAGGGAUAGUCUUAAGAGAGGAAGUCAGUGAAACAAAACAGGAAGGAAAGCGCCUGACAAAAGAAAUCAAAGAACCAGAGCAUGGACACGAGGGAGUCAGUGAAAAGCAACAUGGAAGGGAGGAACUAAGGGAGGAGGUCAAUGAAAAUCAACAGGAAGAGGAAAGAAGUGAAGUGGUAGAACGAGGGGCACAGGCAGCAGAAAUACCAAGUAAAAGUGAGGAAUUAAGUGAAAGGAAACAGGGAGCGGAUGUUCUGAGUGAGGUAGGCAACAUCAAAUUGAAAAUCCUGAUCGAGGAAGACAGUAAUUGGGAGGAGCAAACAGAGAACAAGAAACAAGCAGAACCAGAAGGUGAAAUAUUAGGGUCAGAAGUCAAAGAAUGCAAGGAGGAAGAGGAAGAGGUAUUAUAUGAGGAAUUACAACAAAAGGUACACAUAUUGAGAGAGGACGCCAAAGAAACAAAACAUGAACAAGAAGGACUAAGAGAUCAAGGAAAACAAACAGAGCAGGAACAGGAGCAGGGAGAACUCAAACAAGAAGCGGAAAUAGAAAUAGAGGGAGUCAAUGAAAAUACAGAAGGGGAGGAACCAAGAGGGGUAGAGGAACUAAGCAAAGAGGAAGAACGAGCCAGGGAAAAGGAACAGAAUGAAGAACUAGGAGAUGAAGGGCAAAAAGAACAGGGAGGCAGUGUAUCAGGGGAGGAAGAGGAAAUCAAACCAGAGGCAGAGGAAAAUGAAUUGGUGUCUCAGAAAGAGGAACCCGCAGAAAUGGAUGAGGUAUGGGAAGAACUAGGAGAGCAAGAAAGACAAAGGGAGCAGGGAGGGGAGGUGCACUCAGAGGAAGAGAAGAAUGAGGAGCAAGGAGAGGAAGAGGAAAGGAGAUUGAGCAAUGAGGAAGAAGAAUCCUGGGGAAAAGAACAGGGAGGAGAAGAAGAAAGGCAAAUAGAUCAGGAGUUUGGGAUACCCAAUGAAGGGGAGAAGAUAGCAAGGGGAGAGGAUGUGGAAAUAGUGGCUAGAGAAGAUGAAAACCCAGAAAAAGAACAGGAACCAGCAGUACAGGAAGGAGAGGUAGUGAGGAAAGUGAAGGAAACCCAACUAAGCGAGGAAACAGAGAGACCAAGAGUAAAAGAACACAAUGGUGAAAAACUAGGAAUAGAACAAGAAGGUUGGAUAUCAAGGGAAGAAGUGGGAGUGAUGUCUAAAGAAGAGGAACCCAUAGAACAGGAACAGGGUUGGGAAUAUCUAGAGGAGAAGGAGAGCCCAACAGAAAAGGAAGGGGAGGUACUGAGGGAGGAGGAUGAGCUGAAGAAACAGCAAAGAGAAAUACUAAUGGAGGAAAUCACAGAAAGAGAAGAGGAAAGGGAUGUACUGAUGGAGGAGGAGGGGGAGGAAAAUAAACAGGAAGGGGAAAUACUAAUGGAGGAAAUCACAGAAACAGAAGAGGAGAGGGAGGUACUGAUAGAGGAGGAAGGGGAAAUACCAAGGGAGGAAGUCACUCUUCAGUUAAAGGAGGUAUUGCAUGAGGAAAUUAAACCAAUUGAACAGGAAGGGAUGGUCUUAAGAGAGGAAGUCAGUGAAACAAAACAGGAAAGAAAGCCCCUAACUAAAGAAAUUAAAGAACCAGAGCAUGGACACGAGGGAGUCAGUGAAAAGCAGCAUGGAGGGGAGGAACUAAGGGAGGAGGUCAAUGAAAAUCAACAGGAAGAGGAAAGAAGUGAAGUGGUAGAACGAGGGGCACAGGCAGCAGAAAUACCAAGUAAAAGUGAGGAAUUAAGUGAGAGGGAACAGGGAGGGGAGGUUCUGAGUGAGGUAGGGGAAAUCAAAUCGAAACUCCUGAUCAAGGAAGACAGGAAUGGCGAGGAGCAAACAGAGAUCGAGAAACAAGCAGAACUAGAAGGUGAAAUAUUAGGGUCAGAAGUCAAAGAAUGCAAAGAGGAAGAGGAAUUAUUUGAGGAAUUACAACAAAAGGGACCCAUAUUGAGAGAGGAAGUUAAAGAAAUGAAACAUGAAGAUGAGAGAGUCAGUGAAAAUCAACAGGAAGAGGUAACAAGUGAAGCAGUAGAACAAGUGACACAGGCAGAGGAAACACAAAGUAAUACGAAGCACAGCAUGCUGGCGCAGGAAGAUGAAAUCCAACCAAGGGAAGAGGAAAAGGAAUUUGUGCAUAAGGCGGGUGAAACUGGAGAAAAAGAACAGGACAGGGAAGAACUAGGAGAGCUAGAUGGCCAAACAAAACAGGAAGGGGAGGAAGAGGAAAUCAGAGAUAAGAAAAAUAGAGGGGAGGUAGCCAGUGAGGAAGUCGUAGGAACUAAAGAGGAAAUACAAAUUGAGGAAAGGGAGCAGGAAGGGGAGGUGCACUCAGAGGAACGGGAGAAUGAGGAGGAAGGAGAGGAAGAGGAAAGGAGAUUGAGUGAAGAGGAGGAACAAUCCAGGGGAAAAGAACAGGGUGGAGAAGAAGGGCAAAUAGAUCAAGAGUUUGGGAUACCCAGUGAAGGGGAGGAGAUAGCAAGCGGAGAGGACAUGGAAAUAGUGGAUAGAGAAGAUGUAAACCCAGAAAAAGAACAGGAACCAGCAGUACAGGAAGGAGAGGUAGUGAGGGAAGUGAAGGAAACCCAGCUAAGCGAGGAAACAGAGAGACCAAGAGUAAAAGAACAAAAUGGUGAAAAACUAGGAAUAGAACAAGAAGGUUGGAUAUCAAGGGAGGAAGAAAUGGGAGUGAUGUCUAAGGAGGAGGAACCCAUAGAACAGGAACAGGGCUGGGAAUAUCUAGAGGAGAAGGAGAGACCAACAGACCAGGAAGUGGAAAUAAGAAAUAAGACGCAUGAAGGGGAGGUACUAAUGGAGGAAGUGAGAGAAAGUAAACCUGAAGGGGAGGGGCUAAGGGAGGAAGUGAAAGAAAAUGAACAAAAAGAAGAGAAACUAAGGGAGGAAACAAAUGUCAAAGAAAAGGAGAAGGAAAGUGGAUUUAUACAGAGGGAAGAAGCAAUGCAAGACCAUUCAGAAGGGGGUGUAAUACUACCAAGUGAGGGAGUCAAAGAAAUUAUACAGAAAGGGGAAGUGUUAAGAACGGACUUCAAAGCAAACAAGCAGGAAAAGGGGACACCGAGGAGAGGAAAGGGACAGGAGGGGCGAGGGCAGGGAGACACAGCGCCCCUCAGUGGUGAUGACAGAGAUGAGCACGGUGAUCAUGCCUGUCUCCCCCCAGGAGCGCAGACAGCCCCAGAUCAUCUGUACAACGUGCUGCUGGUGGGGGACAGCAGCGUCGGAAAGACAUCCUUCAUCAAGCGCCUCAAAGACGGGGAGUUCCGCUCCGACCACUGCGCCACAGUGGGUUUGGACAGCUGCACACACACUCUGCUCAUCGGUGACAGACGGUUUGUCCUUCAGCUCUGGGACACUGCCGGACAGGAGAGGUACCACAGCAUCACAAAGCAGGUGUUCCGGAAGGCUGACGGGGUCGUAGUGAUGUAUGACAUCACCUCUGCACAGAGCUUCACAGCAGUGCGCUACUGGCUGACCUGCAUACAGGAAGGGGCGGGCGAUGAGGUGGUAGUCGUGCUGUUGGGGAACAAGAGCGACAGCAAUGUGAGGAGAGCGGUCCCCACACACGAGGGAGAGCGGCUCGCACAGGAGAACAGAAUCCGGUUCCAUGAGUGCAGUGCAGCCUCUGGAUACAACGUCACUGAAUCCAUGAUCAACUUAGCCAGGCAGCUGAAGGAGCAGGAGGAGGGCUUGACGGGGAGCGACAGUGAGAAGAAGAGGGUGGAGUUACAAGAAACCCAGCCCAAGAAGAAGUCAGGCUGCUGUUAGACUCACUGACGAGAACUUCGAUCGUCACAAUGAAUGGAUUUAUUAACAAUGGGAGCUCUUUCUCUAUCCAGGGGUCCAGGGGUUGGGUGACGGAAAAAGAAGGGGUGACACUUUAAUUUAGAGAUUCGUUACCAGCGCUUAUAUCCAAUAUACAAUAUAUAAUCUAGAAUGUUAUUAAGAAUUAUAGAUUGUGAUUAGAAAUCAUAAAUGUGAAUUGCAUUACACUUUUGCAAUAUAUUGCUCUAACAUAAGGAUAGUUAUAAUAUACAUGAUUACGAUAUUCAUAUGCCACUUAUAACGGAUCCCUUAACUCAAAUGUUACCAAUGAAUGAGGGUAAGCACUUUGUUUAAAGUGAUACUAAUUGCAUUGCAGUUAGUUACAAACACCAUACAGAGAGUCUGAUACAACACCCCACCCAACACGUAUUGCACAAUGACUUCCCCAUCUGGAGACUCAUCGACAGCACUGGCAAACAUGGCAGCCUUUAUGCUAUUUAUAGAUUCUAUAAAUUGACUAUAAAACUGUAAAUGCGUCCCAAUGUAUUUCUUUUAUACACUGCAAAAGAGCUGCUUAAAUACAUACUGUACAUUAGCAGACAGUUAUAUCUGUGCUUUAUAUCUGUAUCUAUACAAUAAAAUGCUCAAUGUCUUUCUGAACCUA